CAAUGGGACGAGGGGAAGCUAGCUAUAAAGAGCCCGCGGAGCAGCUCUACGAUUCAUUGCUUAACAGAGGAUAGCAGAAGGGUUUUGGAAAUUGAUCCAGGUUAGCUGAAGAAUGGCAAGAACGAAGCAGACUGCUCGUAAGUCUACUGGUGGGAAAGCGCCCCGGAAGCAGCUGGCUACCAAAGCUGCGCGCAAAAGCGCACCAGCAACCGGCGGCGUGAAGAAACCACAUCGUUACCGCCCCGGGACUGUGGCUCUGCGAGAGAUUCGGCGCUACCAGAAGUCUACAGAGCUGCUGAUUCGCAAGCUGCCUUUCCAGCGGUUGGUGCGCGAGAUCGCCCAGGAUUUCAAGACCGAUCUGCGUUUCCAGAGUUCUGCAGUCAUGGCCUUGCAAGAGGCCAGCGAAGCCUACCUGGUCGGACUCUUUGAGGACACCAAUCUCUGCGCCAUCCACGCCAAGCGAGUCACCAUCAUGCCCAAGGACAUCCAGCUGGCCCGGCGUAUCCGGGGAGAGAGAGCUUAAAAUCCCACUGAAAUCUAACGACCCAAAGGCUCUUUUAAGAGCCAC